ACAAAAUUGACAGUCAACCUGUGACGUUUUAUGUAAGAGGAAAAUAUUGGUGGAAAAUAUUGAUGUUUUUUGCCCUUAUCAUCGAAUAAUUUGUGUAAUGUUCAUUGAAUAAUAACAAUGGAAGAACUUCUGAAUGAAAUUGUGCCCCCAGCGGAACUUGAGAAAUUCGAGAAAAAGUAUCAGCAGGAGGUGGAGGAACAAAAUGUCAGCCACAAGACACAAUUUGAGUAUGCAUGGUGCCUGGUGAGGAGCAACUAUCAGGCUGACAUCCAGAAGGGUAUCAUCCUGCUGGAAGAUCUGGCCACAAGGCAUGCUGAAGGAAAGAGGGAUUACAUCUACUACCUGGCCAUUGGACACACACGCAUCAAAGAGUACACCGUGGCACUCAAGUACGUCCGGAGUUUCCUGCAGAUUGAACCAAACAACCAGCAAGUGAUCAACCUGGAGCAGAUCAUCAAGAAGAAACUUGAACGGGAGGGCAUGAUUGGUGUAGCUGUGGCCGGUGGAGCAGCUGCUCUGGUCGUGGGAGGUCUUCUCGGUCUAGGACUAGCGCUGGCCAAGAAAUGACAUACCAAAAAUAUUCCAAAGUGAUCUAUAAUCCCUUCGAAAAAAGAUGCAAAAAGAAAAUGUGAAAAGAUUUAUUGAAAGUAAAUAAGGCUUGAAUUUCUAUGUAA